AUUCAAAUUAAAGGCCGUAGACUCUAUUAUUAGGGCUUUUCCGUUAUGGAUAACGUUUCACGCGACAUAGAGCCGAAGGCUUCAUCGCCACAACUUGCGAUGGUUCCUCAAGAACUGAUAAAAGCGCUAGAGCAAUUGACGAGGGGACAAGAGCGGCCAUUUGCCGAUGCAGUCGAAAAAGACUCUCCAGGUACUCAAAGAGAUAUCGGGAAUUUAGUGAGCAAGGCUUUAGAUGACGAAUUCCAUGGUGACCCAAUCAAAUGCAUCCCAAAGUGGACAGAGAUUCAAACUCUCCCCCCCGAAAGAAUCCACGAAGAAAGUGAUGCUUAUAUCACAAAGUAUCAAGAGUUUUGGAAGGGACGAGAAGGCACGGCAACAGAGAUCGAAACCACGAACAAGGCGUACCAGUCAGCUUUUGAGCGUUUCCAUGAUAUAUAUCACUGUCUAGGAUGGCGGGACAAUGAAGACCUCACGCUAAAUUGUGCCAGCUUGUGCAAAUACCAGCCUCCUCUUAUUGAGUCCAUCUUCGCAAUUGAGGCAUAUCGAAUGAAAUCACAUCUUCACUAUCAGGAAUCUACGCGGGCUUCAUUCGAAUACUCGCGUUUGCCCCGCUUAUUGUUAAUAUUGAUUCGGAUUGAGAGUCGGCGAAACAUGCGAAAUAGAUGCCGUCCGAAAACCGACAACACCGCCACUAGUCCUGACGACAACAAUCAAGAGUUAAAGGCCUCUGAAAUCUUGGCCGUUCUGGCUCAAGUCGCACGAACUAUGCGUCAGGCAAGCUGGGUAGACGGAUCGUACAAAAUGACUUUACAAGAGCUUCUCCAGGAUUGCUACUCACGCAGGCUUCUCCAGCAGCCGAGAUCCACCGAUGUUGAAGAACAUCAUGAGCACAUGCGGCUCCUAACUGACUGUCUCAUGGCUUUGGACUUUACGCAUCGUUUCAGGGAGGUUCCUCAGCCUCUCUCUAAGACCUUUUAUUAUCGAUACUCAGAAGAACCAAUUCACAAAAUCAUGGAUAUGGUCCUAGCAUACGGUCAAUCGCAGCGCGCCGUCAAUCGUUUUAAGCAGCUUUCGCUUCAGGACUCUGAUAGUUCAACCUUCAUACCUGAUCAUUUCACCAUUCGUCAUUUGCGAGACUUUGGCAAUCUGAAGAUUGAGUGGACUGACUGUCUGGAUGACCAUUUGAAGAUAUACACCGGUCGAAAUGCCAUUCGGAUAUUUGCUCACCCGACAUUCUUUUAUAACUGUAUUGAUCUGCAUAAAAAUGAGAGAGAUUACCUGGAACCCACUUUCAUAGAGCUAUCACAAACCUAUGCUCUUCUAUUCCGACCUUCAUCAAGGAGAAAUCUGAAUAUUCUACGCAAGUUUAUUAGAAUUGAAUAUUCAUUCCGUGGACGCGUCACCUUCGGUGGUAACGACAUUCCAAUUUUCUCCAGAAGGCGGAAUCAUGGAAAAAAUGAUGUUCCCUCUGAGGACAUAAACCUCGACAUAGGUCAAAAUCCCAUCAAGGGAAUGCUAAACAAUUUUUUCCGUUGCUCUUUGCCUCCGAGUCUGCAAGCUGCUUUCAACAUAUCCCAACCGACUAAAAUGAUUGAAAAGAUAGCCAGAUGGGAUCAGCAUAUGACCACACAAGCGCCCAUGCAACAAAUCCUGGGACUUGCCCCUUAUCCAGAAGAUAUCAAGUUCAUGGCCACCUCACUAUUAGUACAAGAGUUCGGGCAAUUUGAGGCCUUCCAGACCUUUCCUUAUUUCGGCUCCCGGCUGCGACAGCUAAAGACGUAUUUGGACGCCCAUCAACCCCGGACCUGGUUGCAGCUAUGGAGAGAUGACCGAGAUGUUCGUGUAUGGUGGGCCUUUUGGAUUUUCAUUGGGAGCGUCAGUGUCAUUUUACCCAUAUCUAUAAUUGGGAUCAUCUUGCAAGCAAUUUAUCUUGCUCGCUAUCGUUGAUAUGGCUGCCUGAAGAGGCUUCGAACUACUUGCCAGAUUGACAAAUAUAGUUUUUCUACCUGGG